UCACCUGACAACAUACAUCGACUUCAUGAAGUGACUCCGUGGUCUCACUAUCGCGAGACAUCGGGUCCAGAGGCAGACGAUAGCUCGCAACACUCCCUCCAAUCAAUCUUGUAGGCAAGGAGAAUGCCUUUAAUUUAUUUACGAUGUGUAGAUCGAAAGUACAGACUUACAGUUAUUACGCAGCUAACCGCCCAAUUCAUUAUAGUGCAGACACAAACCUGUGUGGACUUGACCCAAACUCAAUCCAAUUUCACUUCGAUCGACGAAGCAUUUUCCACCCCGUCUCAUCCGUCAACAACGUGUCCUUUCCCAAUCCAGGCAAAGCUCCAUGAAACACACACACCGGUCCCAGAGAAAAAUCGUCCGAUUUGUAUUCCAUCGGCCCCAUCCAGAGUUCCAGACAGAAAGGAAGGAAAGGGGUGGGAAGGGGGGGGCGACGGGAAACAGAAAAAGAAGAGCGAGAAUAAAAAAAGGGCGAAGAUCGGACCAGGUGGCGGCCGAUCGCGUAGAAACCGAAUGGAAGAAUCAUGGAAUCCUUGGGUUGGGAAAAGCCAUCCCUUUGGGGGGUGUGAUACAGGCGCCAUGAUAUCAUAGAUUGGAGACUAGCUUGACUCCGUAUCCAUGGUUGAGCAAAAUGAGUUAAUAUACAUUGGCUGAUGGAGAACCAGAAAUCAAGUAUCAGGUGAUGUCAGGUC